AACGCGCGGUGCGGCGCUCCGGGCGGACACCCCGGGACUGCGCGCCAUCAAUCAGCCCGCGCGCAUGUUUUGAUUCCCUGAAAGUUACUCGCCAGCGGUAAAAUGUCCACCGCAGCGCAGCACGCGAGCGACCAGUUUGCUGUUCGUCGACGUGAAUUCGCAGAGCUGCCGACAGACAACCAGAGGAGAUGGCACGCUCCUCAACACGAGCACGGCGCGAGGCAGAGCGCGCUCCACCGCCAGCGACACCAGGUCGAUGGCAGCCGGACCCAUGAUCUCACCAUCGGAUGGCCCCACGUGGACGACCCCACCACCAGGGAGCCUCGGCUGGACGACUGUGAGCGGAUGGGCACUCUGUUCGGGAUGCUUAACAAGUGCCUACGGGGGAUGGGCUUCAGCCAGAUGUACUUUGGGGACAAGAUCGUGGAACCGGUAGUGAUCACGUUCUUCUGGCUGCUGCUCUGGUUCCUGGGCAUCCAGGCCCUGGGACUGGUGGGAACUCUCUGCAUCAUCAUCAUCUACAUCCAGAAGUGAAGAGAGCGGAAGGUCGAGCAGAGCCUGCUGUUUUUCUUUGUUUGACGCUUAACAUAUUCUGUGCUAACGGGUGUUUGGGUUGGAAAUCUGCAGUGGGUCUGUG